AUGGAUUUUGUAAUAUUAAAGGUCAAUGGUCAAGAUCUUAGAAACGCAACACAUGAACAGGCAAUUCAUGCUUUUCAAACAGCUAAAGAACCUAUUAUCGUGGAAGUUGCUCGUCGUGAUCCAAACGUUGAACUAUCACAAAAAUCUGCUCCAAAUUCAAAUUCUGGUCCUGUAAACAGUUUGGACAAUCAGAAUAAAUGUUCUGUUUCAAUUCAAACUGAUCCAAGUACAGCUGAGGCAACUUUAGCCGCAAUGGCUGCUGCUGCAUUAACAACUGAAGAUAUACGUACUGUACUUGGAAUAAGACACCCUGGUUUGCCAACAAGUUUGGAGUGUAUCUAUCAUCCGGAAUUUCCUGAUCUUGUGGAUAUAGUUGAAGAAGACGAUGAUGAUGAGGAUGAUGACGACGAUGAUGAUGAUAUUGACGACGAUGAUGAUGUUGACAUCGAUGGUGAUGAUGAUGAAGUUGAUGAACAGGAUAAUAAUAAUAAUGACAGAGUGAAAGAACCUAUUACUUCGUCUAACAUGAACUGUGAUCCGAGAUCAGUGAACUGUCCAUGUUUUUCAAAUGACAACAUAAAAUAUGAUGAAAUAUCAGAUAUUCAAAAUAAAAGUAUAACAUUCAAAGAAGAAAAUGAUAGUAUCAUUUGGGAGAUGGGAUUUAGUCAAUCAGAAAAUAUAUUGAUUAAAGAGGUUACUUUGUGUCGUAAAAAUCCAGAUGAAAAAUUUGGUUUAACUCUUUGUUAUCGACAGGGUGAUACAUCCAAUACUAGUUGUAAUGUUUAUGUUGGUGAGUUAGAAUUAAAUAGUUUAGCUGAACAAAGUGGACAAAUUUAUAAUGGUGAUCAAAUAUUAAGUAUCAAUGGUAAUAGAAUCAAAUCAAGAGAACAUGUUAUUGAUUUAUUUCAACAAAGUCAAUUAAAAGUAAUUUUAUUAAUUGCACGUGAAAAAAUCAAUAAACAUAAUAAUAAUCAAUUAAUUAAUAAAAAUUUAAUGAUCAAUACAAUGAAAUCAAUGAAAAUAAUCAAUAAUCAAUCAAAUUAUUUAAUAGAAAAUUCAAAUUCUAUCAAUAAAAAUUGUUCAGAUUAUCCUGUUUAUAAACGACCUGAUCAAGAUUCUGGAAUGGGUAGAACAACUGAUGAAAGUGCACGUACAGAAGAAAGUUCAGAACAAGAAAUCGAUAACGAUCAACAUCACCACCAUCAUCAAUACCAACAACAACGUACAAAUUUUAUUCAUGGAUUGGCACAAAUAACUAAAUUAACAUGUGAAAAUGACCAUUUAAACAAUAACUCAUCUGGUAAUUCAUUACCACAAGAUGCUACAUCAUUAGAUCACAGAUUAGCGAUUCCAUCAGAUGUAUUCAGUGAUUACGAUCCAAUUGAUCCAAUUGACCAAGAACUUGUACAACUUGGACGUUUAAUGCAAUCAUUAGCAGUACAUUGUAGACAAUUAGUACAAGCUAAAAUGCAUUAUAACAGGAUACAAUAUCCGUUACCUAAUGUUGAUAAUUGUACUAGUCAAUAUGGAGGAAAUGAUUCUAUUGUACAACCACAAGCAGUGUCAACAAAGGUGAUAACAUCAACGACAACUCCAGGGGUCAAUUCAUCAUCCAUUCCAACAGAGACAACAACAACAACGUCAUCCUUAUCAUCAUUAUCGUCAAAACUAUCAAAUCAACUAACAGAAAAUUGUUAUUAUACAACUGGAAAUAAUAACUUGCAAAAUACUAAAUGUAUAAUUAAUAAAUCUAAUGAAGGAAUUUCAAAUGGAUCACCGUUAUUGUCUACCAAAGAUAAUAAUCAUAAUUUGUUAACUAGGUUACCACGAAUGGGAACUCGAAUGGAACCAUCAAUUAUGGGUUCAAUGAGUUCAAAUGAUUCGAGCAGUUCAUUUCAUGAUAAAAAUUUAAAAAUGUCAGCAAUUACAACAACUGGAAAAUUAUCCCAUAGUCGAUUUCCAUCGAAUAUUAAAGAUCGUCCAGUUUCAUCAGAACGUCAUGAAUCACAAACCCAACAACAACAACAACAACAAACUACAUAUUGUCCUGAUUCUAAUACUAAAUUAAUCGAACCUGAUUCCAUUUAUCCAGAUCAUUUAGAACAAUGUAGAUUAAAUGGCAGCGGAGAUACAAGCGCAUAUUGUACUAGUGAAAGUAGAAAAAGUCAAAAUGAUUCAUCAGUGAAUAACAAUAGUAAUAGUAUAAUUAAUAAUGAUCACAAUACAAGUAAUGGAAGUAUUACUGAUCAACGUUUCCAUUGUAUUACUACUGAUGGUAAUAAUAAUAGUAAUACGCAAUAUCCACCGGUAACAACGCUAUCUAAUAGUGAUUAUCCUAAAAGAACUAUUAGUAAUUUACAUUAUAAUGGAAAUAGUGUAGGAGAAGGUAUAACUGCUUCAUUAUCCGAUUUAGGCGGUUCCCUAUUAUCUUUAUCUGCAGUUCUUCCUGAUCCACAUCAUUAUCACCACCAUCGUCAUCAUAGCCGUCCUCAAUAUAACUCCAGUGAAGUUAAUAAUACUAAUCAUCAAAUAACACCGAAUGAUUCAUUUAGUCCAUCAUCUAAUUGGUCAAUUGAUGGGAAUUCACAAUAUACUACUCAUAGUAAUAAUAAUCAUAAUAAUAAUCAAUAUAUUCAUCCAGAUCCAAAUAAUAAUAAUUAUACUGAAUCAUAUUAUACAUCCAUUCGUCAAUUCAAUUCACCAGAACCAUCUACAUCAACUUCAUCAUCAUUCAUUUCUGGUAGAAAUUAUAAUAAUAAAUCAUCAAAUGAACAAUUACCAUCAACAUCAGAUAAUAAUGCUAAUCAUAAUUCAUUCAAUUAUAAUAAUGCAAGUUCAUUGAAUGAACAAAAACGUAAUAUGAAUAUUACAAAAGAUUUAUCUAUAAAAUCGAAUAUGAAAUUUCAAAAAUCCAACCUACAUCAUCAUCAUCAUCAUCCAAAAUUACACAAUUCUAAUUUGAUUACUGAACAUAAAUCGCAGAAAUUUCUAAAAGAAGAUAAAUCAUCAUUACCAUCAUCAAUUCAUUUAAAUAAAAUUAAAAAUUUACAAAAAUAUUCUCAAUUACAUAAUCAUUCAUUAUAUCCAUUACCAUCAUUAUAUUGUAAUGAAUGUUAUUAUCCAAUAAAGGAUAUAUCCCUUAUGAAGUAUAAUACAAGUAAUAUAAAUGAACAAUUAUCAAUAAUCAAUACAUCUAUCCCAUCUAUAAUCAAUAAAAAUUUACAUUCAUAUGAAUUUUAUGAUAAUUUUUAUUGUUCAUUAACAAAUAAAACAAUCAUGAAAACAAAUAAUAAAAAAGAACAAUCAAUAUUAAAUCAAUCAUUUAAUGAAUUAAUCAAUAUAGAUAAAACAAAUAUAACAAACGAAGAACCGAUCCUUUCAGAUAUUUACGAAACACCAUAUGCCUCUGUAACUAUACAUGAUGAACCAAUCGGUGAUCAAUAUCCAAUGAAAUCUAUAUCAACAGAUCCAAGUAAUUCUAUUCCAGGACUAUCUAUGAAUAGAACAGAAGAUUGUUCUAAUCUCCUAUCUAAGCCUAAUUACUGGUCAUCUGUUCUAAUAAAUGAUAAUAAUAUUAAUAGUAAUAAUAAUAAUUCAUCCUAUACUCCAUGUAUUGCCAACCAUGCUGAAUUAAUUAAAAUAAAAGUAGAAAAUCCAUCACACCCCAGAUUGUUCAAUCCAUAUUUAUCUUCCAUAGGCUAUCCUCCCAUUUAUCCUCAUCCAAUGUACACAUCAGCAACAUGUCAUUCUAAACAAUAUCAAAAUACUGCUGUGAGCGCCUCGGUCAUUACUGGUGCUGUUUCUUCCUCAUCUUCUACUGCUGCCACAUCUACCAUUACAGCUACUGGCAUGCCUCUACCUGGACAAGCUUAUCCAAUGGACAAUUGGAAUAUGAUGGAAUGGGUAGUUAAAAAACGCCCAGAUGGAACACGUUAUAUAACUCGGCGACCGAUAAGAAAUCGAAUUCUUAAAGAACGAGCUAAACGUUUAGCUGAAGAACGUUCCGGUAUUACAACUGAUGAUGAUGCUAUAAGUGAAUUAAAAACUGGUCGUUAUUGGAAUCGUUCAGAACGUAAAAAACAAUUAGAAAAAGCUAAAGCUGAUAGAAAACGUAAACAAUUAAAUAUAAUUACACAACAAAAUUCACAUAAAAAUUUAGUGCUGACAACAACAAAUUCUUCUUCAAUCAAUAAAAAUGUUGAUAAUAAUACAACAUUAGUUACUAUGACAACUGUGUAA